UGUAAACAAUGUGCUAUAUUUGAUAAUUUAUUUUAGUAUUUAUCAUUGAAGUUAAAAUUUUAACCAUUCGUACACCAUUAAUUAAUUAUAAAUAAAAAUUGAACAGUGUUUUUGGGUGUUAAUAAUCUUAUUUUGGUUCAAAUAUUUAAUUUUAAUUUAUAGUGUAUUGCUACAAUUAACUUGUAGUUAUGUAAGAUUAAAAGUAUGGCCAAAGGUUUUGUUUUUUCCUAUAUAGUGAAAUUCAUUUUAUUUGUAUUUAUUUUUACUAAUUUGUAAUAAUGAAUGAAUAUACGGAAGAAAAUAUUUUACCUGGUCCUAGUACAGGAAUUGGAAGUAUUCAAGAACCUGAUGAAAAACAUAAUAACGUUGAUGUUAAAAUUGUUGAAGAUUAUAGGAAGUUUAGAAUUACAAUUGAGCCAUCUAUGUUUUUACUUGUACUUGGAGCCAGUUUAAGUGGUUUUGUGCAAACAAAUUUAUUUGAAGAGCGAAUGUGUCUUCAUAGCUCACUUGUAAAAAAUGUUUCUGUGGAUUGUUAUCAUAUGACACAAGAAGAAGAAGAAAUUGUUCAACCAAUGGUUGCUGAUUUACAAGUUAUUAAAAAUUAUAUUGAAACACUGUUACCAAGCAUAAUGAUUUUAUUUUUUGGACCAUGGAGUGAUAAAAAUGGACGCUUGCCUUUAAUGAUUUCUGCAAUAUCAGGAAUAUUGUUAUCUAACUGUAUGUUUUGUGUUAUGUCAACAAUGCCUGAUUUACCACCUGUAAUGUUUUUAUUUUGUAGUAUACCUGUAGCUUUAAGUGGAGGUACUAGUGCAUUAUAUAUUGCUUCUUUUUGCUAUCUCGUUGACAUCACUGAUGUUAAAACAAGAGCUUUCAGAUUAGGAGUUUUGCAAUCGUUCAUAUCGGUGGGAUUAAUUUUUGGAUCAAUUUCUAGUCCAUAUUUAUAUAAAUACUCUAGUACAAUUACUUUUGCAGUGGCAACUUUAAUCAUUAUAUUAUCACUCCUUUAUACUUAUGUUUUUCUCAAAGAAACAGUCAUAAUAAAUGAGAAUUCUAACAGUAAGUUAUUUGAUAUUAACCUGUUGAAAGACAUGUUUAAAUCUGUCGUGGAACAGCGAAUAGGAUACUUACGGAGCAUUAUCAUUAUUUCAGCAAUUGUAUUAACAUUAAAUUUGGCUAUUUUGUAUGGUGAAGAUUCAUUGUUGUACAUGUAUUUACAAAGACGGUUUUCAUGGACAUUAAGCAAUUAUACAUUUUUUGUAGCUUAUUCAACUUUUUUGGGUGCUACUAUUCCUAUAAUUAGUUUGUACUUUUUAAGUACUAAAUUGAGAAUACCCGACAUGUAUCUUGCUACUGCUACUACGGGUCUGAGGGUUAUAGAAAAAGUAGGCUUAGCAUAUGCUUCAAAUUGGUGGGACUUUUACAUAAUUAGAGUAUUUGGAUGUUUUAUGUAUACAAAUGAACCAUUAGUCAGAUCUCAAUUGUCAAAAACUUUUCCAGUCAAAGAUUUAGGAAAAAUUUUUGCAUUUAUUGGUGCUAUUGAGGGAUUUGGUACAUUACUUGGUACACCGUUGUACACUGCUGUGUACAACAUGACAAUUCAUUCUUUUUCUAAUUUUAUAUUUUUCUUGUCGUCUUAUAUUGGAACAUUUGUUUUGGUUUUAUAUAUACUACUAGUAAUUUUACUCUCAAAAAGUGAACCAAACACUAUAGAUAGAUUGCUCAUUGUAAAUGAAUCAAAUUGAAGUUACACAAUUACAUGCCUUGAAAAUUACGUGAUACAAAUUAUGUUUUACUAUUAUAACAUUUUAUAAAUUAAUUUAAUUUAUUAACUCCUCAAUAAUUGUUAUUUAAUCAUUGAAAUAUUUUAUGUAUCUUUUAUAUUAAAUUAUUUAUUAAAUUUCUUUGUUAUCAAAU